AGGUGAGCCCUGCCUUCCGUCCCCGCGUCCCUCCCCGAGCCGCUCUCCCGUUGCUGGGUGCUAAAGCAAACCCCAGCUCUGUUUACCGAGUCUACUAUUACAAUACGGCUACCAAAUAUUUGCCAGCCGUCAGCUCGCUGCUCCGCUAUAAAUACUUCAGGCCCAGGUGGAGGGACGGGCAGGGGGAGCGGCGCGGGAGCCUAUGCAUGGCCAGGCAGCAGCGCCAAGGGUGAGUCCUGGGGGUGCCUCUGAGCGCUGACAUGGCUGCGGGUGUCAUCCAGCCCCUGGCCGAGCUGCGGCUGCCCUCGCCCUUCCCUCACGGCCUCCUGCUGCCCACGCACCCUGAGCCCGACUUCCCCGACCUCUCCGAGGAGGAGGAGGAGGAGGAAGAAGAGGAGGAAGAGGAGGAUGUGGAAGCAGUGGAGGAGAGCGUGAGGCCGGAGCUGGCCAGUGUCUCCAGCACUGCCGAGACCACCCUACGUCUCCUCAAGUUUUCGGAGCUCAUCAGCUGUGACAUCCAGCGCUACUUCGGGCGGCGGGGCCGGGAGGAGGCCAGCAGCCACCCCGUGCCCGCGGACUGCGGCUCACCCCAGAGCGCUGAGGCUGUGCCCGAGGCCGUGGCCCCGCGGGCCAGCCCGGGGGCCACGCACAGGCUGGGGCCGCUGGCCGAGCUCUUUGAGUACGGCGUGCACCGGUGCCUGCCCGCCCGGGUGGCCGGCGGCAGGACGCAGCGGCUGGAGAGGAAGUACGGCCACAUCACCCCCAUGCACCGCAGGAAGCUGCCACCCUCCUUCUGGAAGGAGCCGGGGCCAGGCCCCGCCAGCCUCCUCCACACUGGCACCCCUGACUUCAGCGACCUCCUGGCCAACUGGACAGUGGAGCCAGGGCCAGAGCUGCCAGGGGCUGGGCGGGAGCUGCCGGGUCGCCCGGGGCUGGAGGCAGAGCCCUUUGCUGGGCUGUGACCCCACUGUGGCCCCGGUCCCGCCACGUGCCACCCAGUUAAUGAUAAACCUGGUGGCCCCAGUGCCAGCGCCGGGGCACUCGGAGCUGCCGGGUCAAAGCUGGUGACGGGACGAGUGAAUAAAUGACUCCCGC